AUGGCGCAAAAAACAAACCUGGACUUGGUCAAUGAAUGCGACAACUUCCCUUACGCCUCGGACGACCCGGCAGCAUUCAUCGCAACAAUGGACAGAUAUUAUGUUUUCCUACUAGAAGGAUGCAAAGCAUGUCUAGGGUAUACGCCGUGCAAGAUUGCUGAGCAAAUGCCGCCCAGUAUACAUUGGAACCUCGAUAAACAGCGGAGAAGCCUGACUUUCCAACCCCGAGAUGAUAACGGAGGACCAAUUAAGAAUUUCGGCGCACGCAAUAAGAUUCUAGCAGAAUACCUCCAGAGUCUUAGGGAGAAGAAGAUCUUCAAGGUGCUGGACGGUUGGCGCAACGAGCUUUACCACAUAUAUGGACCGAAAAAGGAGCUUCUGUUGAACAUGGAACGUUCAGCAACCCCUCUUUUCGGAGUAGUCACGUAUGGAGUUCAUAUGACUGGCUAUGUAAUGACGGAUCAGGGUAUGAAAAUCUGGGCCCCUCGACGGGCCUUGAUCAAGCAGACCUAUCCGGGUAUGAUGGAUAACACCGUUGCUGGAGGCUUGAGUGCUGGAGAAAAGCCCUUCGAAUGUUUGGAGAGAGAAGCAGAAGAGGAAGCUUCACUACCCGCGGAUGUGGUUCGUUCGGCCCAAGCCUGUGGAACUUUGACCUACUUUCAUGUCCGAGACUCUAGAGCUGGAGGCGAAACAGGACUCUGUCAACCGGAGUGUCAAUACGUAUACGACCUCAAAAUGCCGGCGGAUGUCAUACCGAAGCCUGGCGACGACGAAGCCAUCGAUUUUCAGCUUUUGACGGUGGAGGAAGUUCAGAAUGCAAUGGCUGCAGGAAAAUUCAAGCCGAAUUGUGCUCACUUGUUGUUGGAAUUCUUCGUCAGGCAUGGGAUUUUGACACCCGAGAAUGAGCCUGAUUAUGUCGAGAUUGUCGCAAGACUCCAUCGAAAGUUGGAAUUCCCAACUCCUUGA